AUGUUUGGGGACUUAUUUGAAGAGGAUAUUUCCUUUCUAUCAAAUAAUCAUUGUGGAAAAGAGAAGAAAUCAAAGCCCAGAGAUUCUGAGCCUCCAGCUCCCAGGGAUUUCACCAACCUAAGUGGUAUUAAAAAUCAGGGUGGAACCUGCUACCUCAAUUCCCUUCUGCAGACUCUGCUUUUCACACCUGAAUUUAGAGAGGCGCUGUUCUCUCUAGGACCUGAAGAACUUGGGACUCUGGAUGAUAGCAGUAAACCAGAUGCAAAGGUUCGAAUAAUUCCAUUACAACUUCAACGGUUAUUUGCUCAGCUUCUGCUCUUGGACCAGCAGGCUGCAUCUACAACAGACCUUACCGAGAGCUUUGGGUGGAACAGCCACGAGGAAAUGAGGCAGCAUGAUGUGCAGGAAUUAAAUCGGAUUCUGUUCAGUGCUUUGGAAACUUCCCUUGUGGGGACUUCAGGUCAUGACCUUAUUAACCGAUUGUACCAUGGGAUUGUUGUCAACCAGAUUGUUUGUAAAGAAUGCAAGAAUAUCAGUGAGAGACAGGAAGAUUUCUUAGACCUAACAGUGGCGGUAAAAGGUGUUGCUGGCUUGGAGGAGGCACUGUGGAACAUGUAUGUAGAAGAAGAGUACUUUGAAAAUGAGAACUUGUAUCGAUGCGGAGCCUGUGAUAAACUCGUUGAAGCUUCAAAGUCUGCUAAACUACGCAAGUUGCCGCCCUUUCUCACCAUUUCUCUCCUGAGAUUUAACUUUGACUUUGAGAAGUGUGAACGAUACAAGGAAACGAGCUGCUACACAUUCCCUAUCCAGAUAAAUCUGAGGCCUUUUUGUGAGCAGACUGAAAUGGAUGAUUCAGAGUACAUGUAUGAGCUCUUCUCUGUUAUUAUACAUAAAGGUGGCUGCUAUGGAGGACACUAUCAUGUUUAUAUCAGAGAUGUGGAUGAAUUAGGAAACUGGCAAAUACAAGCUUUCAAACUGUGGAUCACUGAAGGCCAGCGAGAGAGACCACAGAGCGAGAGAGACCCACUUGAUGUGGAGAGGUUGCAUGAGCCUCUAAGAGAUGCCGGAAAUGCCAAAGAAAUAGAAAACCCAUUGGCUGUGUUGAAAGGGAUUUUAACAGAGGAAGAGUCUAGACAAAUUACUGUGGAUCAAUUAGGGCAGAAAUUACUGGAGAAAAAAGGGGUGUCCUGGAAUAAGAAAUACCGAAAACAAUGUGGAGCAUUACGAAAGUAUUUGCAGAAUCAUCCUCAGAUAUUUCAGUACAGUCCUGAUGAAAAUAAGGUUGGUCUGAAGGAAAAGCACAAGCUCCCGUUUAAGUCAGAUUCUCAAGGACAAGAUCUCCAAAGCCCUCCUCAGCAGAAUGGUGUUCAGUGGAAUUCAGGAAAAAAGCCUACAAAGCUAAGGGACAGUUCUGCUGGUUGCCAUUGGUUUGAUCUGAAUGAUUCGAAAGUCCAGCCGAUCAAGGAGGAGGAUAUUGAGAAACAAUUUCAGGGUAAAGAGAGUGCCUACAUGCUGUUUUAUCGAAAAUCUCAGUUAAAAAGACCUCCUGAAGCGCGAGGAAAUCCAAGGUACCAAAUUCCUGAACACCUUCUGAAUGAAAUGAAUGCUGCUAAUACUGAGCUGCAAAAAAAGAGAGCCGAAUGUGACUCGGCAAACAAUGGCAUUGAUUUACAUCUCCAUCUGAGCUCAUGUUAUAAAUUUCACAAUGGGGCUUUGCAUCCUUCACUUACUUCGAAAGAGAGCGUUGUGGAUUUGACUAUUGAUAGAAGAAAAACGCUAGGAGACCUUCGACAAUCAGUAUUCCAGAUGUUGGAAUCUUGGGAAGGAGACAUGAUUCUCAGUAUUGCUAAGUCUUUACCAGCAGGACUGCAUCUUUACCGUAUACUUGAUGAAGAUGAGCUGACACUGGAUGGCAUUGGGCUGGCUGAUGGAGCAGACGUCUUCGUGUGGAAUGGGAAAGAGGUUGGUGGUACAAAGGUGAUGACAGGCCCUGAUCAUGAACCUGUGGUCAUAAACGUUCUUCGUUUAGCGGAGUAUAAUGAAGGAGGGAAGGGCCAGCAUUUCACAGAAUCGCAGCACGUCUUUUCAUGCAGCACAAAACUGAGUGAUCUGUGUAGAGUCUUAGCACCACUAGGAGGAAUCAUUCUGAAGAACGGCUCAGGACCAGAUAAAGAAGCCAAGAACUGGGAAGUUUUUCUUGAAGAAGAUAUGAAGAAGACAGUCAGAAGUGUUGGUCUGACAGAUGGAUGCUCAGUGCUAAUCUUAGACAGCCAUGACCAGAGCUUCGUGAAUGUGUCAAGUGGCAAUUUGACUGCUUUUACGUAUGACAUCAGCUGGCUCCAAGUUAAGAACUUCUGUGGAACAGAUGGUGAAGAGAAACGUGUUAAAAUUACUGCCACUAUUGAAACAGUGAUGUCAGAUAUCAAAAUGAAAGCAAUACGGGAGCUUCAGCUAGAGGAGGAACUAGCACAUGACAGCUGUCUUAGACCUGUGAGCGGAAAUGGGAAACUUCUUUCUCCAGUGCCUGAAGAUUAUACUGUCAAGGAAGCAGAACUGAAAAUGGGAAGCUUGCUAGGGCUGUGUCAUGGGAAAGCUCCAACUUCCACUCAGCUCUUCCUAUAUUUUAUUGUUGGGACCGACCAAAACGCAAGCCCUGAGAUGGAGAUAGUUGUGGAAGAGACUGCCUCUGUCAGAGAGUGUCUAAAUUUAAUGCUGGAAAAAUCUGGAUUAUCAGGUGACAACUGGCAUUUGAGAAGGAUUGACUGGUGCUAUGAAGCAGGGGAGGCAUUAAGUCAGGAAAAUGCCACUCUGAAGGAACUUAAUGUUUGCGGAGGAGAUACUUUGGUUGUGACUGAAGGAAAGCUUCCACCAAAGGGUUUCCUGAAAAUACCCAUUUGGUGGUUCAAAUCUUCAAGUCCUAAGAAACAUGCAGAAAAUACACAAGAACAAGUGAAUGGGAUGACCUGCAAGAUGGAUGCUUUGCAGGUGUCUUCUGCAGGAGAUUCACCAGAAUACAUCCACACAGACAUGGAUCUUUGUUAUGCUGGCAGUAUAGAAAUAGCAGGAGAAGCUUCUUUGGAAGAUCUGAAGAUGCAGGUGAUCACCUUACCAUGCUUCCAGGAGCAGGUUGUCCCACUGCCCUCGUUUCUCAGAGCAUGGACAGUGGACAGUAAGCGCCCAGGCAAGCUUUUACGAAACAACAAGCAGCAACUCAAUGACUAUAAGCUGGGUGCUAGAGUGGAAAUCUGCGUAGAACCUUUGCAAAAAGAAGAGCAUUUGGGCCCCCAGGAACUGCUGCUUCGAGUCCAGAUGGGCAUACCAGGCGAGAGGGACUACUAUGACUCCAUGGAUUUGGUGUGGGAUAUCUCCAAAGAGUGCACAACGUGGGCACUGAGGCAACGAGUAGCUUCUCACUAUUGUCUACCUGUAGAUAAAAUUGAAAUAGCCAAAUACUUCCCCGAAAGAUUUGAGUGGCUGCCGAUAUCGAGCUGGACAAAGCAAAUUUCAAAGAGGAAACGGAAGAAAAAACAGGAGAGUUUACAGUCAGCGCCUUAUCACCUGAAAGAUGGAGAUAUCAUUGGAGUGAAGAAUCUCCUCCUUGAUGACAGUAAGGACUUCAGCACAGUGAGAGAUGACGUUGGAAAAGAGAAGCAACAGCAACUUGCAUUAGAAAAAAAGAAAAGUCGGCAAGCUGAACGCUUACAGGACCAUGUUUUCUCAGAGGAAAAGCUGAAUAUUAAGCACCAUAAACCAGAAGUGGCUCUUUCCAUCAAUGUGGGCGUUUUCAGAUAG